AUUGCCAGAUAUGCUGCAGCUGCCCACAGUCAAUCACAGCCCAGCCAAAAAUUCUUCUCGAAUUAUCUCCGAUCUGAAAAACACAGAAAUUCCCCCUUUUUUCUCCGGCGAGAUCUCAUCGGAUUUUCCGGCAUGGAAUUGAUCCGAUGGGGCAUCAUCUCUCUCCUCCUAAUCCUCACUAUCGAGACCACUUCAUCGUCUCCGUCAGUGAUCAAAAUGGUGCCGGAUAAGGAGACUCCAAUUGCCGCCGAUGGAGACUCCGGCCGCCGGAGGGGACUCGACUUGUACUGCGAGGGCUGGAGGUUCACGGUAGAGACGAACGACGCCGGCAGUUGGACUCAGGUCCCGGAGAAGUGUGUGGAUUUCGUGAAGGAGUACCUGGCCGGCGAUUGGUACCGGUUGGAGUCGGAGGCCGUCGCCGACAGCGCGGUGGCGUUCGCCAAGACGGCGGUGGGAGUUUCCGGCAACGGAAAGAAUGCCUGGGUUUUUGACAUUGACGAGACGCUGCUUUCCAAUGUUCCGUACUACGCCGACCAUGGAUUCGGAUCAGAGGUUUUUGAUGAACUUUCUUUCGAUAGUUGGGUCGACUUAGCUGUGGGUCCUGCUUUAUCAGCCAGCUUGAGAUUGUUCAAUGAGUUGCAGGAUCUUGGAUUCACAGUAUUUUUAUUGACUGGUCGGAGCGAAUUUCAAAGGAAUGUUACAGAAAUUAACCUCCGUUUCGCUGGAUUCAACAACUGGGAAAGACUUAUCUUGAGGGGAGAUGGUGAUCAAGGUAAGCUUGCUUCAGUCUAUAAAUCCGAGAAGAGAAAGGAGAUAGAAGACGAAGGGUACAUAAUUCGGGGGAAUUCUGGCGAUCAAUGGAGUGAUUUGACGGGAUUUGCUGUGGCGGAACGGUCUUUCAAACUGCCUAACCCCUUGUAUUACAUUGCUUAGAGGAGGGUAAUUGUUAUUCGUUGAUCAUUCGGUGCAAAUAUUUUUCGGUUUUUCUUCUUUUUUUUUUCAGUAGCAUUUUCAUGACUCAGCAUUUAGCAGGCUCUACAACGUUGAGGUCAUGAAGUACUUGUUGGUGUAAACUUUGUACGCAACUAAAAGGUCGAAAAGUGCUAUGUGUUGGCAAAUGCCAAAACAUUAAUUAUGAGAUGUCUUAUUAAUUUGAUA